AUGGGACUUUACUAUUAUGGUAUCAGAGACACAACGACAACUUAUGCUACAAACUUUUUGAACUUAAUCCCAGUUGUCACGUUUAUCUUAUCUAUCUCUUUUAGAUUAGAGAAGGUGAAUGUGCAUACAAAGGCUGGUAAAGUGAAGAGUUUGGGAGCAGUGAUCUGUGUAGCCGAUGCUUUGACGACCAGUCUAUACAACGGAGAAGCAUUUUAUAUUGGUCAUCACCAUCAUGACCACUCUUCUCAUAUAAUUACUUCUAUGCCAUCGAAUUCCCAUUGGGUACGUGACACUCUCAUGUUGCUCAGCAGUUGCUUCUCCUACUCGGCAUGCAUGGUUUCUCAUACAAGUGAAGUUGAUGAAUGUAUUCCCUCACAAGUAUUGCAAUCAGUUGUGUUGGGCUUAUGUUUAGAAACAAGUGUAGCUGCAUGGAGACUUGACUUGGACCUUCAGCUACUCACUAUUGUUUACUCGUGGUAUGAAAAAUAG